AUGAGAGUCGCCAAGCCGCUCUCGACCGUGUGCAUGUGCCAUGCUGCAUCUUGCAUGUCAUUUGUGCUUGUGCCACUGCGACUCCGAAUCUUCACCUUUGCUGCCAUCUCGCCAUUUCUUUUGUCGCAUCAGUGUGCCAGCGAGAGAGGUGCCAACGGCUUGAUUGAUCGCAUCAAAUAUGCCUUUUACAAUCAUGUUACAAGCGCGCGUUUCACCCCCUCCGACAUCCGUAACCAAAAGGCCCUUGCUGAUUUGCGCUACCCUACCGAAUGGUAUCCCGCUACCCGCACCGUCCACCGAACCAUCCAUCUCCACGUCGGUCCGACCAAUUCUGGCAAGACUUACCAUGCUUUACAACGCUUAGAACAGGCCAAGACUGGUGUCUACGCCGGCCCUCUACGUCUGCUUGCUCACGAGGUUUACACAAGGCUCAAUGCAAAGGGCAAGGAGUGCAUGCUUGUCACCGGAGAGGAAAAACGUGCCCCUAAUGACUCCCUGACCAGCGACCUGACAAGUUGUACCGUUGAGAUGAUGCCUCUCAACAAGGACGUCGAUGUUGCCGUCAUCGAUGAAAUCCAAAUGAUAGGAAAUGCUGAGCGAGGUUGGGCUUGGACCCAAGCUGUCCUUGGUGUCAAGGCCCGCGAGGUUCACUUGUGUGGUGAGACUCGUACCGUCCCUUUGAUCCGUGAACUGUGCGCCUCGAUUGGUGAGAAGCUUGUCGUUCACGAAUAUGAGCGUCUGAGUCCUUUGCAAAUGGCCGACAAGAGUUUGCAAGGCAACCUCAAGAAGCUGCGCAAAGGUGACUGCAUCGUCAGUUUCAGUGUCAUGGGUAUUCACGCUCUUCGAAAACAAAUCGAGCAGACUACUGGAAGAAAGGUUGCUACCGUAUAUGGCAGUUUACCUCCCGAGACCAGAGCCCAGCAAGCACGCUUGUUCAACGACCCUGACAACGAUUACGACUUCCUAGUUGCUAGUGAUGCCAUUGGUAUGGGUCUCAAUCUGAGUAUCAAACGUGUCAUUUUCGAGUCUUCGUCCAAAUUCGAUGGUUUCCGUCAAAGAACUCUGGCUGUCCCGGACAUCAAGCAAAUCGCUGGACGUGCCGGUCGUUACAAGAGUGCCUAUCAGGCAAACAAGGCCGCCGAGGAGGCAGCCGCUCAGAGUCUUGCGGAGGCCAAAGGAGAGUCGGAACCUGGAAAGGAGCACAUCACUGAGGCUCCUGCCGAGCCUUCGAAACCCGAGGAUUCGACAUUGGGACUUGUUACUACGCUUGAAGACUUCGACUUCCCUGUCAUUGCCAAAGCGAUGAAGGAAGAACCUGAACCGAUCCGCUCCGCGGGGCUCUUCCCUCCUGCACCUAUCCUUGAACGUUUUGCCUCAUAUUUCCCUCCAGGGACACCUUUUUCAUACAUCCUUAUGCGACUGCAUGAGCUUUCUCAGAUGCACUCAAGAUUUCAUCUUUGUGGCUUGAGAGAUCAGCUCUGGAUUGCAGACCUGAUCGAACCAAUUCAAGGUUUGACUACAACGGACCGAAACAUUCUCUGCGCAUGUCCCGCAUCCAAGAGCGACAAGGAACUAAUCAGUAGACUUAUGCCAGCAUUCGCGCGUUGCAUCGAACAGCAAAGUGGCGGUGCUCUUUAUGAUAUUGCAGAGAUGCCCCUCGAAGUGUUGGAGCUGGACAUGUCGCCGAGCAGAGAUUAUCUUCGCCAACUGGAGCAGUUACACAAGGCUAUCGUCGCAUAUUUGUGGCUCAGCUACAGAUUCGCAGGAAUCUUCUCUACGCGGCCACUGGCUUUCCAUGUCAAGGGCCUCGUAGAAGAAAGGAUCGAGACAGUUCUCCAUCAGUUCUCCUUUACUGAGAACCAGAGGAGGAAGAUCAAGGCGGCCCGAGAGAAAUCGCUGAUGGAAGACUUCCGAAGAGAGCUCAUGUUGGAGGAUGAGAAGGAAGACGUCACGGCCGGAGGUGACGAGUUUGCCGGCGAGACGGAUCUAGAAAUCAUGGACCCGGCCGAGAGACUUGCGAGCGAGGAUGUCGCUACCAUGCAAGAGCAGACAAUGGGCUCGGAUGUGGCCGAAGACGUGCCACCAAAAGCAGGUUCUGAUGAACAAACAUCUCCAACAGGUUCGACAGACGUCCCAGAGAUUGACGUUAUCCGCUCGAAUACAUCGGAAGUAGAUGAGGUCAACCUGGCCCACGACAUUGCAACGACUGAUAGGUCGAAGCGUGAAGAAUAGGAUUGUUGUGUAUAACACCCAAAGGCACAAGAUUUAAGCCAUGUGGCGAUUUGUUGGAUAAAAGAAGAGUAGCACCAUAGACAUCAUGUAUUAUAGUAAUGAAUAACGUCCCUCAUCACAGAUUGACACGGUCGAUUGAAGUCUUGAGUAAUGUCAAGCGCGUGUGACGCUGACUGCCGAGGCGCGGAGUUUUGGCGACGUGAUGCUUCGAGG